AUGAAGUCCGUACUCGGCCCUAGCAGCAGUAGCAGCAGCGGCGCAGAGUUACGGGCUGCCUUGUUCCAUCAUCAUCAUCAAUGGGCUGACGGCCGCAAGAGCGCGAGUGGCAACAAUCGUGAACAGCAGCAGCAGCAAGCACAAGGCACGAGUGCUGGUGGUUACAAGCCCAGCGGAGGCAGGAAGGGCCGCACCGCCCGGGCCCGGGGACGCAGCAAGACAAAUGUCUGGCUCAAGCUGCUGAAGAUCAAGAGGAAAGCCAGCGGCAGUAGCAGGCACCACGACGCCUGGAUCAUGGAUGCCAUUCGAGGCAUAUACUGCCUUUUCAACGUGAGCAAGGUACAAAACGACGGAUUCGUAUCGAGGCUCCACGUGCUCACGGCAGCUCUGCUGCUGACGUUUUCCGCGAUGGUCUCGAUGAAACAGGCCGUCGGCAAUCCCAUCGAUUGCGUACAUACCAGAGACAUACCGGCCGAGGCGUUCAACGCCUACUGCUGGAUUCACAGCACGUACUUCGUGACGAGCGCGAUGCUCGGCGUCGCCGGGGUCAACGUGGCGUUUCCCGGGGUCGGCCCUUCGAUGCUCUACCAGUAUCGGCAGCGGCUGGCCGCGCAGCAGCAGGCUGCGAGCUCGGACGGCCGACACGGCAGCGAUCCUGUCACCCGACACAUCAAGUACUACCAGUGGGUGCCCUUCUUCCUCGUUUUCCAGGUGAGUGCGACAUAUAGAGAAAUAAGCUAG